AUGAACGGCACCUAUCGACGCUGGGUCCGUUAUUGCGAGGCCCAUCCCCAAACCCCAACUAUCUAUGGGACUCCUCCAGGAGCGCAAGAUCUUUGCCGUCGAUGCCUCGGACUGCGCAGAGGCAUCAGCGAUAGCCUUGCUCGCCUCAAGAAGAUCGAGAACGAUUACAAGUCUGAAGGUUCCAAUUGGGAGGUCGCUGUCCUGGGUACGCCAGCGACAUGGGAUCCGAAUCACUGUGCUCUUUGCCACCUCUUCAUGACUAUACACAACAACAAACUUGCCGAGCACGAUGCAAACACGCCUUAUACACUUCGCGCAUUCAGGACAUAUCAAGCGACAGGGCUGGCAGUCCUCCCGACGCCUUCACUCGACACGUUGGGAGAGGACUGCGCGUCGUCAGGCUUUAUAUCCCGAGCUGUGACGAAAGCUGACAGUUCGGUGGGACAUCAUUCUGUCGGCCUGGUUGGGGAGUACGUCGACUUUCCCUCCGUCAAGAGCUGGAUCGAGAGUGGCGGCAUGACUGACAUUCGAGAAUGGGACGGGCUGUCACUCAAGGACAAUCCCCACUUCAAGCUCAUUGACUGUUCGACGCGCCGCAUCGUCAAGCCGCCCGAGGGAUGCCCCUACGCCACGCUGAGCUAUGUCUGGGGACGAUCCGACGAGUCUGUCCCGGACGGCGACCGGCUGCCGAAGCAGCUCCCACGCGUGAUCGAGGAUGCUCUCACGGUCGCGAAAAAGGUCGGCAUCCCUUACCUGUGGGUGGACCGGUACUGCAUCUCACAGACAAACCUGGUGGAGAAGGCGGCGCAGAUCAAGAAAAUGGACCCCAUCUACAGCAGCGCGUCCUUUACGAUUUUUGCCGCGGCAGGCAACGGCGCAGACCACGGCCUCCCGGGGGUCUCGAGGAAGAGGAACCCCAGCCGGCAACCUUGUGCAAAGGUCGGCAAGCACCUGCUCACCUGGACCAUGCCGGACGGCCCGGCCCUGGUGCUGAAGUCGAGAUGGAACACCCGGGCGUGGACGUACCAGGAGAUGGUCUUCUCCGGGUCGCGGCUGAUCUUCACCGAUCUCCAGGUCUACAUGGAGCAGCGGUGGAACGUGUUCCGCGCCGAAGCCUGGGGAGAGUACCCCUUCAGCAACAUCGGGCGCAUCGACACGCACAGCUCGCUGACAAGUCCCUUCAGCGAGAUCUACAAGCUCAACGACUACUCGCGGCGCCAGCUGUCCUUCUCCUCGGACGCGAUCCAAGCCAUGCAGGGCCUCUUCAACGCCAUGUCCCACGCCAAGGUGCUGUACCAGUACAUGGGCGUUUUGCUCCCGGCGGUCAUCGCGCAAGAGGAUGCCCCUUCCGACGACGGCGCCCUGCAGUACGGCUUUCUCUGGUUCCACGUCGCAACGUCCACGCGACGACCGGGUUUCCCCAGCUGGUCCUGGGCCGGCUGGUCCGGCGAGGUGGCCUACCUGGAGCUCAGGGGCGUGCAGCAUUGGUACCACCCAACCUUUCAGGCGGAGAGCAUGGAUGCCUCCGUCGAGCUCGCCAACGGCACCCUCGUCCCCUGGAAGGAAUUCCGACGUCUGAUCGUGGCCGACCGCCUACCACCACCAUCCAACUUCCUCCGGCUCGACGCAUCCGCCGUCUCCCUCCAGUUCGAGUGGCUCGACCACCCACCCCGCCACUCCUGGGCCUACGCCCCGGACAUCCCGUCCCGCGCGGGCCUCUUCGUGAAAUGCCACCCUUCCUACGCGAUCUACUCCCCGGUCCGGCUCUGCGGCCCUGUGGAUGACGAUCCCCGGCGGAUCAAGAAGUUGUGCGCGUCCGCCCACGACGCCCUGGUCCUCGGCCAACUGGCGUACUACCGCUGGGUCGGGGAGGAACACGACAUCUAUGACAACCCGUUUGCGGAUCUUUGCGUCGUCGUCCUUGCCAAGCGGUCAGGUGGUGGCGCCGGUGAUGACGCCGUAGUAGAGCGCAUCGGAUUCGUCAACCUCGCCCACCGCGUCUGGGACGACGAGUGUGAGCGCAUCAGAGCCGAGACCCCGGACAAGGAGUAUCCCUGUUGCCUCAGACGGCUGGAUUUGAAAAGGACCAGGAUGCGGAUCAGGCUUGGUUAG